GGGGCGGGAACCGGCGGCCGCGGCUGGACUCGGCGAGCCAGGCGGCUGCAGGCUCGGGCGGGGGAGCGGGGCGCGGCGGGAAGCAGAGGACGACCCGGUGCGUGUGGGCCAGCGGAGCGCGGGUAGAGUGUUGAGGGCAAUUCUCCAUGAAUGUACGUCACCAUGAUGAUGACCGACCAGAUCCCCCUGGAACUGCCACCCCUGCUCAAUGGGGAGGUGGCCAUGAUGCCCCACUUGGUGAACGGAGAAGCAGCUCAGCAGGUCAUUCUUGUCCAAGUCAACCCAGGUGAGACCUUUACAAUCAGAGCCGAGGAUGGGACACUUCAGUGCAUCCAAGGACCUGCCGAAGUCCCCAUGAUGUCACCCAAUGGGUCCAUCCCUCCUAUCCAUGUGCCCCCAGGUUACAUCUCACAGGUGAUUGAAGACAGCACCGGAGUCCGCCGGGUGGUGGUCACACCGCAGUCUCCCGAGUGUUACCCACCAAGCUACCCCUCAGCCAUGUCUCCAACCCAUCACCUGCCCCCUUAUCUGACCCACCAUCCACACUUCAUCCAGAACUCGCACACUGCCUACUACCCGCCUGUCACCGUGCCUGGAGAUAUGCCACCCCAGUUUUUCCCUCAGCCUCACCUUCCUCCCACAAUAUAUAGUGAGCAAGAAAUUAUCCCUCUGUAUGGAAUGUCGAGCUACAUCACCCGAGAAGACCAGUACAGCAAACCACCACACAAGAAACUGAAGGACCGCCAGAUUGACCGCCAGAACCGCCUCAACAGUCCGCCUUCCACCAUCUACAAGAACAGCUGUGCCACCGUGUACAACGGCUAUGGGAAGGGCCACAGUGGAGGCAGCAGUGGAGGUGGGGGAGGUGGCAGCGGUGGUGGACCUGGGAUCAAGAAGACAGAGCGAAGAGCAAGAAGCAGCCCCAAAUCCAGUGAUUCUGACUUGCAAGAGUAUGAGUUGGAAGUAAGGAGGGUGCAGGACAUCCUUUCGGGAAUAGAGAAACCACAGGUGUCUAAUAUCCAGGCAAGAGCAGUGGUGCUAUCUUGGGCACCCCCUGUCGGACUGCCCUGUGGACCCCAUGGUGGUCUUUCCUUCCCUUACAGCUAUGAGGUUGCUUUAUCUGACAAAGGGCGAGAUGGGAAAUACAAGAUCAUUUACAGUGGAGAAGAAUUGGAGUGUAACCUGAAAGACCUCAGGCCUGCCACGGAUUACCACGUGAGGGUAUAUGCCAUGUACAAUUCUGUCAAGGGAUCCUGCUCCGAGCCAGUCAGCUUCACCACCCACAGCUGCGCACCAGAAUGUCCCUUCCCUCCCAAACUGGCACACAGGAGCAAAAGUUCACUAACCUUGCAGUGGAAGGCUCCAAUUGACAAUGGUUCAAAAAUCACCAGCUACCUUUUAGAAUGGGAUGAGGGAAAGAGGAACAGUGGUUUCAGACAGUGUUUCUUUGGGGGCCAGAAGCACUGCAAAUUGACCAAGCUGUGUCCAGCCAUGGGCUACACGUUCAGGCUUGCUGCUCGGAAUGACAUCGGCACCAGUGGUUACAGCCAGGAGGUCGUGUGCUACACGUUGGGAAACAUCCCCCAGAUGCCUUCAGCACCCCGGCUGGUCCGAGCUGGCGUCACCUGGAUCACACUGCAGUGGAGCAGGCCGGAAGGCUGCUCACCUGAGGAAGUGAUUACCUACACCCUGGACAUUCAGGAGGACGAGAACGAUAACCAUUUCCACCCAAGAUACACUGGAGAGGACCUAACCUGUACUGUGAAAAACCUCAAGCGCAGCACACAGUAUAAAUUCAGGCUGACUGCUUCUAAUACAGAAGGGAAGAGCUGUCCGAGUGAAGUCCUGGUUUGUACAACCAGCCCCGACAGACCUGGGCCUCCCACCAGACCCCUCCUCAAAGGACCCGUCACGUCGCAUGGCUUCAGUGUCAAGUGGGAUGCUCCAAAGGACAACGGUGGCUCAGAAAUCUUGAAGUAUCUGCUGGAGAUCACGGACGGCACUUCUGAAGCCGGUCAGUGGGAAGUGGCCUACAGUGGAUCAGCUACAGAGUAUGUCUUUACCCAUUUGAAACCAGGCACUUUGUACAAACUGCGAGCAUGCUGCAUCGGUACCGGUGGGCACAGUCAGUGCUCUGAGAGUCUCCCUGUUCGCACACUAAGCCUUGCGCCAGGUCAGUGCCGACCACCGAGGGUUUUGGGUAGACCAAAGCACAAAGAAGUCCACUUAGAGUGGGAUGUGCCUGCGUCUGAAACUGGCUGCGAGGUCUCAGAGUACAGUGUAGAAAUGACGGAACCUGAGGACGUAGCUUCAGAGGUGUACCACGGGCCCGAGCUGGAGUGCACCGUUGGCAACCUGCUUCCCGGGACUGUGUACCGCUUCAGAGUGCGGGCUCUGAAUGACGGAGGGUAUGGUCCCUACUCUGAUGUGUCAGAGAUCACCACUGCCGCAGGACCGCCUGGGCAGUGCAGGGCACCGUGUGUUUCCUUCACGCCUGAUGGAUGCGUCCUGGUGGGUUGGGAGAGCCCUGAAAGCCCUGGUGCUGACAUCUCCGAGUUCAGGUUGGAGUGGGGAGAAGACGAGGAAUCCUUAGAACUCAUUUAUCACGGGCCAGACACCUGCUUUGAGAUCCGAGAUCUGUUGCCUGCUGCACAGUAUUGCUGCAGACUCCAGGCCUUCAAUCCAGCAGGCGCAGGGCCAUAUAGUGAGCUCGUCCACUGCCAGACACCAGCCUCUGCCCCUGACCCUGUCUCCACCCUCUGCGUCCUGGAGGAGGAGCCCCUCAGUGCCCACCCGGACUCACCCUCUGUGUGCCUUGUACUGACCUGGGAAGAGCCGUGCAAUAAUGGAUCUGAAAUCAUUGCUUACAACAUUGAUCUGGGAGACACCUGCAUCACUGUGGGCAAUAUUACCACACACGUGCUGAAGAACCUCCUUCCAGAAACUACAUAUCGGAUCAGAAUUCAGGCUGUCAAUGAAAUUGGAGAUGGACCAUUUAGUCAGUUCAUCAAAGCAAAGACUCGGCCAUUACCACCCUCGCCUCCUAGGCUGGAGUGUGCUGCGUCUGGUCCUCAGAGCCUGAAGCUCAAGUGGGGAGACAGUAGCUCCAAGACACAUGCUGCUGAUGACAUGGUGUACACGCUUCAGCUGGAAGACAGGAACAAGAGGUUUAUCUCAAUCUACCGAGGACCCAGCCACACCUACAAGGUCCAGAGACUGACAGAGUUUACCUGCUACUCCUUCAGGAUCCAGGCAACCAGCGAGGCAGGGGAGGGGCCUUUCUCAGACACCUACACCUUCAGUACAACCAAAAGUGUCCCCCCCACCCUCAAAGCACCUCGAGUGACGCAGUUGGAAGGAAACUCCUGUGAAAUCUUCUGGGAGACGGUACCACCAAUGAAGGGCGACCCUGUGAACUACGUUCUGCAGGUGUUGGUUGGAAGAGAAUCUGAAUACAAGCAGGUGUACAAGGGAGAAGAAGCCACAUUCCAAAUCUCAGGCCUGCAGAGCAACACAGAUUACAGGUUCCGCGUGUGUGCCUGCCGCCGCUGUGUGGACACGUCUCAGGAGCUCAGCGGCGCUUUCAGCCCCUCUGCGGCCUUCGUGUUACAACAGCGUGAGGUCAUGCUUACGGGGGACCUGGGAGGCAUGGACGAUGCCAAGAUGAAGGGCAUGAUGCCUACCGAUGAACAGUUUGCCGCCCUCAUUGUGCUCGGCUUCGCAACCCUGUCCAUCUUGUUUGCCUUUAUAUUACAGUACUUCCUGAUGAAGUAAAGCCAGCGACCAGAGGUAUGCGCCGAAUGCCGCACAUUUAAUACACAUUUACUCAGCCUCCCUCUUUAUGCUGUCUCGUUCUUUGAUUUAUAGACUUCUCUUGUUUUACACAGUUAGCUAGGGGAAACAGUGUUUGGCUGCACCUAUUUGAGAUGCAAAACUAGGAAGAGGUUAAACUGGAUUUUUUUAAUAAUAAAUAAAGGAAUAAAUAAGAAGAGAAGGAAGCAGCGGGCCAGCAGCAGACACCGAGGGCCAGUUUUCCAGCCUCCAGUAUGCUUCUGGUCUGUUUCCACGGAUGCCUUUUGCAAGCCUUUGAUCUUUUUGUGUGUUGCAGUUCUGUAAUUUAUAUCUACGGUCGUUUCUUGGUCAUCUGUAGCUGUAAACAGAAUCACAGUGUGUGUAGUUCAGGGCUGGGGUUCCGGUGUUAUCAGAGUAUUGUCACAUGAGAACAUACAGUGUGCCUUCGGAGGAGGCCACCUAGACCAUCCUUACGUCAUCAGUUUCGUAACUGUUAGCUCACCUAAGUCAAGCCGUGUACUCUAAUCUGAAAUAUUUUCCUACGCUGUAUCCCUUACGAUUUUAACACUAUGAGUUGCCUGUCUAAGAAAUCACAUAACCAAGUGCACCUAUAAAUGAUGGAGCAUUGUAGGCUUCCACGUUGGUCCAUAGCAGUAACUUUAAGAGGGCAUUGUGCAAUAGUUAGUUGUUUCCUCAUUGGCUACUUUAAGAGCUGCUUUAACCUGUCUGUCUGUCUUUGUAUAUAACUCCUUCUAAUAUAAUCACUAGAGUUAUUAUAUUCUGUUAUGUCUGACCGGAAUUAUGUGACGAGAGCUCAUGGCAGUUGUGAGCUGUCUCCUUACAUGUUGGCCCACGGUAUUUGAAAGACUUGCCUUUGGCUGUUCUUCGGGGUGUCAGUGACGUGAAUGAAGGUCAAUACAGCAUUUCAGUGCCCACGAUACUAGAGUGGCAGUGGGUAAGAAUCUGACUGAUGAAGCCCACACAAGGGAACCAUUUGCAUUUGUCCUUCUGUUUCUGGGGCUUGAUCUGGCUGCAUGUGGAGAGGGAGUGGUAACUGGCUGUGAGCAUGGGGUGUUGGGGGGCCAACUAGCCUACUAGAUUCUCUCCCUGGAUCUGUCACUAAUUUGCUUUGAGACCUCUCUGUGCCUGUUUUCUCGUGCAUGAGAAAUCAAAUCAAAUGGGGAUUCGAUACCUGUAAGUGCUACGAGGCCUUGGACCCACCGGUGCUGUGUGAGUGCGGAGAACCACUCUCGUGUAUUCACUUAGAGUCAUGAGGUAAUCAGUUCUAACCCAAAGUCAUUGGAUCCCCCAACCAAGUCCACAGUGUUCGAGUACCUCAGGGACACUUAAAGAGUUGGAGGUGCAACUGUAUUCCAAAAGGGUGCAGCAGACACAGCCGAGCCCCUCUUCCUGGUGUUCUGUAUAUUUUUGCUCCUUGGUUUUUCUUGAUCAUAGCUAUUUUGUGCUUGGUCUGUGUUGUCUAUGAUGCAGUAAGUACCCUGUACUAGCUUAUAAUAUUCCCAUACCAAAGUCAUGGGGAAACCAACAUUAUUGUGUUUUGGGUUUAUUUAUACUAUAUUCUGCAUACAGUACUUUAAAUGCCAAUUACAGUGCAAUCUUUAUUUAUUGUAAAUUUUUUAAAUGUACUUAUGUACUAAUUUGCCCUCCUAGCAUGUUAUAUUUUGUGUGUUUUAUACUUUUGUAAUUUUAGGUCAGUUUAGUUCCUUGGCAACAUCUGUAGCUAGUAUUAGCUUUCUGACAUUUUCUUGUGUUUUUAAAGAUAAGACCAUCUAACUCAUUAAAUGCCAAAAAAUAAAAAAAAAUUCCAUUAUCAGUGAUUGAAAGGUUUACAUGUACCCAGAAACCAUAUUCAUCUCCUGGAAGAGUGCUAAGAUCAAUGCAUUGUUUCGUGCCUAUAUUGAUAUAGCUAUGUACUAGAGUUCUGUAUUUUGUUAUUGACUAUGAUAAUUGUGUGAUUAGACUUGUACACUGAUGGUAUCAAGGUAAAUAUAUUUUUGCCAAAGCUCUGGCCUUCGGAAGCUCUUCCUUUCAUCCAAGUGUGUCGUUCAACCCACCGUGACGUCAUAUCUGCAUUCCCUGAGACGGUCGCAAGUGGGUGAAGGCAAAUUCAGUGGAAUAAUUUUUAAAGCUAUUCACAGGGAGAGUCUUUUUUUUAAACAAAAACACUUCAGCACUACUGCUGUAAAGAAUUCCCUGAAUUGAUUGAAUUGUUGUAAAGGAAAUUAUACUUCAGGCCAAAAUCUCUUUAAUUUCCAGAGAUUUCAAUGCUCUGUUACCAGCAGGAAGCGGAAGCGUGUGACACACGAGCAGACAGCACUUUAUUCUAUUGCUCUCCAUUAUUUGGUAUUCAUUAUAGUCUCUUCGGUCGGGAAAUUACUCCUCUACGUGGCACUCUCCUCUAUCACAGAUCUGUAUAUGUGCUAUGGAUAUAUAACUAUAUAUAUAUUGCCAUUACAAAGGAACAAUACAAUAAAGUGUUCUAUUGGCCUUCUCUGUGCCCUCUGCCGUACGUAGAUGAGUGAAUGGCUUUCUGAUGCCCUGAUGCCUCUCCGUACAUCAACUGCAUCCCUGACACAAGAAAUUCCAGUCACCUGAAGCAAACUGCCCUCUGUCCUCAAAGAAAAUGUUCACAAAGAAAACUUUUUUAAAAGGCUAUUUUGCAUAUUAUCUGCCUUAUUCUUAUCACACUUGAGAUGUUGGCAUUUUCUGACCCUGUCUCUUUGGCUACAGUCGUUCAGUAUUUGUGUCAAAUUUGACAAGUGCCCUAAUAGAAUGUGUUUGAAUGUUAUCCUUGCACAAUUCUUUAAAUUGAAAGACAAAAUGUUUUACCUCACUGUUGGACAUACAUUCCAAGCUUUUCAACUUUAGGAGAAAAAAAUAAUCAUAUGUUUCCUGUCUUGUAAAUUUUAGAUUAUUUCAUAUACAUUGUAUUAAAACUGCCAUAUCAAUUUUAAUGUAUAGAUUUUGCAAAUACUAUGCUAUAUGUAAUACCUAACUGUAUCUGUAGUGUAUAUGUAAUAUAUUUAUGCCCAAUAAAUGUUUUAAUUCUUUCUGA